CCAAGAUCUGACUAGGGACUCAAACGAGAGCGUCCGAUGGCAACGACGGCCCAGGACCCGCUCCUCUCAUGCGACGGCGCAAACAAGAACAGGGUUAUGAAGGGACCUCUGAAUCGCAUUUCCCGAAAGGGUGAGAGGAAAAAGGUUUGCUCCUUUGACGAGAAGAAAAUUGUUGAUCACAUCAAGAAGCUUGAAGAAGAUUUGGGUAGUCUUCAACUGAUACCCAAAAGGCUGAGAAGCAAUAAUACGAGGAAGAGAAGGGAGUACAAGGUUGAGGGUGCAAUAUGUAAAGUUGAGGUGCCUGGUCCAAUUCCAGACUUUUUGAGUUUGGCUGAAGUAGGACGCAUGUCUGUACAGGAGCUUUUUGCAAAUUGUCCCGAGCCUAAUUGAACAAAUACGAACUCGAAGCGUGGAAUGAAUAGAAUUGUACUAGUUGAAGAGAGCUGAAAAGGGAUGGUUCCGUUUUCUUUCUUUUUUGGGAAAUCAACUUCAAAUUUGUUAUUUGGUAUAUGUAAAUUUAUUGUGCAAGAAGUAUUUCAA